AUGGGAAUCUUUACGGGCUACGACUUCUUAUUGAUACCAUCCCAAGCGCCAGCGAGAGUCAAGUUUUUCGUGCAAUUGAUAGAAAGCAAUGGCGGUAAUGUAGUCGAUGAUUAUAAUUCCGCGACAUAUGUGCUUGUGAACGACACAUUUGUGGAUGAGAAGGGCCAUUUGAAGCACCUUGAUGUUUUUCACAGCGAAUGGGAGUAUGAUGAAAAUAUUUGGGCCGACAUUAUGGCAAGCAAAAAUACGCACUGUUAUAAGAUGAGUUGGGUUAGUGAGUGUAUCAGAAGGAAACGAUUGAUUUUGGAUGAACGCGCCAGUUUAAAAAUUCUAUGGGGAAACGAAAAUAUCGAUAUUGAGAGUAAUAACGACUCAGAAACCUCGACCGUUGAUUUGCCUGUUGGUUCGGAAGAUGACACAGACAUAGGAUCACAGGUUUCUGAAGAGCCAUCGGUAGGCUCCUUGCCCAACUUAGAAAAGGAAGCCAAAAAUGCGACUGAUUUGAUCGUGAACAACCCAAACGCAGAUUUAAUUAAUGCACUAGAACAUUUGGCCUCCAAGUAUCGUCUGAAAGGUGAUACUUUCCGCUCCAGAAGCUACCAAAUGGCUCAACAAUCAAUUAGAAAGUACGGGAAGCGUAUUCACGAUGAAAAGGAAGCACUUUCAAUCCCAAACGUAGGUACUAGCAUCGCAAAGAAGAUACAGAUAAUCCUUGAAACGGGUCAAUUGCCUGGCCUACAAGAAUCACGCGUGCUGGAACAAGAACUAGAGUACUUUAUGAACUGCCAUGGCGUCGGAGCGCAUAUUGCCCGCAAGUGGUGUGUACUUGGUGCAAAAACGUUUGAAAGUGCACUAAAACGAUCGCCCGCCGAUUUUCACUGGACUGUACUAUUUGGAUGGUGCUAUUACGAAGAUUGGUUGGCCCGUAUACCAAGAAAAGAAUGCGAACUUCAUCUAGCCUAUAUUCAAGAAGUCUUGCGCGAAGUUGACAUAGACGCUAGGAUUGAGCUCACCGGAAGUUAUCGCCGUGGUCUAAAUGAUUGCGGUGAUAUUGAUACUGUGUUAUACAAACCUGGUUGUGAUGAUAUGCAGGAACUCUCUCGGAUACUUGAACAAAUGAUAAAAAUGAUGUAUGAAAGUGGAUAUAUAUUAUGCCCAUUGAACAUGAACGAACAAUUAAGUGAGAUAUUUAUAAAUUUAAUUGAGCAAACGCUAACGCAAGCUGGCCUGGAUUCGCAUUUUCUCUUAACGACAAAGGAAACGCUUCAUCGCUUUUAUUUUGGCGGGCGUCUCCUCAAUUCAUCCUACUGUUCUCCAAUUGAGGCGGUAGACCGUCUCAAACCCGAGGAUGGCUACAUGUCAAGGAGUAAUUCACAAAGACGAUGCAGGAGAGUCGAUAUUCUUCUUUGCAAAUGGAGUGAAUUGGGUUCGACGAUGAUCUAUUUCACAGGAAAUGACGAUUUCAACAAGAGCUUAAGACUUCGUGCUACAAAGAAAGGUUGGAAACUUAAUCAUCACGGGUUGUUCAACGUGGGCCCUGAAGACUCCAAUGGCGUUAAAAAAAUGACUACGAUAGAAAGCUUCGAUGAGAAGAGAAUCAUGGAGCUUUUGGGUGUUAAAUUUGUGUCUCCAGAACAACGAAACAUCGAAGGAUAUAUUUAA